AACCUCGAGUUCGAAAAAAGCGAUAAAAAUGUCAAUCAUUGAGGUUGGAAGGUAAGUAAGUGUAGCCUCAACCCCGAUCGUGGUUCCCUCCCCCGUGCUGGUCGUCCUCGUGGGUCCAAUCCGGUCCAUGUCCCCUGGGCCUUUGUGGGCCAAGAUUCGGAACUGAGUUCGGUCAUGGCUCCGGUUCAGUCUUUGCCGGUGGUGCGCGAAGCCACGUCCGAAGCCGGUCAGCGCCUGCCGACUUGGUUCUGGCCCGUGUUGACCGUGAGUGGUGUGGCGGUCACGGCGGGAUUGCUCUACUGGUGGCUGAAUCCCUCACCUUCGCCAUCCCCCUCCCAAACUAAGAGCCAACGAUCCGCAGCCCGUCCUGAGAAACCAGGGGCGGACGGGGCCGAAGACCCCGAGGAAGAAUUGCCCCAAGAUCCGUUUGAACGCGCGGUCAGCCUCAAGAACAAGGGCAACAAGUACUUCAAAGGCGGUCGCUAUGAGUUGGCCAUCAAAUGCUACAACGAGGCCAUUGACGUGUGUCCCACCCACAAAGAGCAUGAUUUGUCCACCUUCUAUCAGAAUCGAGCCGCCGCUUACGAUCAGUUGGAAAAUUGGGACGCCGUGUUCAACGAUUGCACGCGAGCCUUGGAGCUCAAUAAAAGGUAUCUCAAGGCCAUGGAUCGGCGAGCCAAAGUGUUACGCAAACAAGUGCGAAAACUUCAAUCGGCCGAUGGAGAGAGCGUGAACAAAUUACGAAUGGCCUUGGAAGAUAUGACGGCUGUGUGCAUCCUGGAUGGGUUCCAAAAACAAGAGUAUCUCAUGUUGGUAGACACUAUCCUCAAAGAGCUGGGUCGUGUGGAGGCCAAGAUCGCCAUUCGUGACCGCCAACCCGGGUUUACGUCCCAUCAUUUCAUUCAGCAAUACUUCCAAUCCUUUGCCGAAGACCCCAUUGUCAAGCUUUUGGCGAAAAAUACAGAGUCCGAUUCGGAUGAUUCACCCGAAGAUCGAGACAAUGCCACUGGCGGUUUCAUGCGUGCAUUAAAGGACCUGAAAGAUGAGAUGUACGAGCAAGUUAUUGACCAUUGUACCGAAGAGAUUGACCAAUCUGGAGCGCACGUGAACGAGGCCAAGCUUCUACGGGGUACAUUCUUUAUCUUGAGCAAGCAACCCAACGAAGCCUUCCAGGAUUUCAACCAAGUCAUUGAGGACAGUGAGGCUGACGUGAGCUUGCGCGUCAAUGCCCUCAUCAAACGAGCCUCGUUGUACAUUCAGCAAUGCAAGGAUCCCAUGAAGGAUCCGGAAUUGAGUUUUGCAGACUUCAAACAAGGACAAGAUCUGGACGAGACCAAUGCUGAUAUUUAUCAUCACCGAGGGCAGGUGCAUUUGUUAAUCGAUCAAACUCCCAAGGCCUUGGAAGACUUCAACAAGGCUGUGGAGCUCAAUCCCGGUUUCCCCAUUGCCUACGUUCAGAAAUUGUACACGGAAUAUCGCAUUGCCUCCACAAGCGACAACAAGAGUGAAAUCCCCAAGCUCAUCCAGCAAUUCCAAGAUGCCAUGGAGAAGUUCCCGAAAUGUGUCGAAACCUACGCCCUCUUCGCUCAGGUCUUGAGUGAUCAAUCCCAAUUCGAUCGGGCUGAAGACGUCUACCAACAAGCGCAAAAGGUGGACCCCAAGAAUGCCAAUAUCCUUGUUCAUCGGGGUUUGAUCGCCCUUCAGGCCAAAGGUGAUAUCGAAGGCGCCGUGUCUCUAAUCAAGAAGGCCUUGGAGGUGGACGAUAAGUGCGAAUUUGGCUACGAGACCCUUGGAACAAUCGAAGUGCAACGUGGGAAACUCAAAGAGGCCAUCGAGCUCUUCGACAAAGCCAUUCCCAUCGCGAACACGGAACUGGAGAUGGCUCAUUUGUUCGGUCUGAAACACGCAGCCAACGCUCAAACCACGGUCUCGAAGAGAUUUGGGAUCUCGUUGCCGUCUCCUAUGGGAGAGUGAAGGGCUAUCUAUAUAUCUUAUGAGAGAAGUGAUCAUUUCGUGGAGUUCUUUGUCUUUGUUUAACUUCCUGUCUUCACCCAUCCGCUCAGACCUUAAUUAACUUGCGUCAUUUCUUUGAACACAUUUUCCAAACAGUGUGAUCAAUAAAUCUAAUCUAGUUCUUUUUUUUUAUACUAA